AUGGGAUUAUCAGAUGGAAAAGAGCCACUUGAAUGUGCGAUUUGCAUAUCAGAAUUCAAGUAUGGAGAUAAGGGUAGAAAGCUUGAGAAUUGCGGUCGUAUGUUCCAUGAAAACUGUUUGGGAAAAUGGCUAAUGCAUGGGAAUGGACAAUCGACUUGUCCACUUUGUCGAGGUAUUAUAAUAUUGGAAAAUAUAUUUGAGAAACAGAUAAAAGAUGAAGAUGAAGGACAAACGAAAAAUAACUUUGAGGAAGAACAAAGACAGCUCGCGAAAAACAGGUGCAAGGAAAGUAUAGACGAGAAGAGCUCCAAAUUUGUUUACAGAAGAUCAAUUAAAAAGUUAAUUAUGGGGUUAUCAGAUGGAAAAGAGCCACUUGAAUGUGCGAUUUGCAUAUCAGAAUUCAAGUAUGGAGAUAAGGGUAGAAAGCUUGAGAAUUGCAGUCAUAUGUUCCAUGAAAACUGUUUGGGAAAAUGGCUAAUGCAUGGGAAUGGGCAAUCGACUUGUCCACUUUGUCGAGAUAUUAUAAUAUUGGAAAAUAUAUUUGAGAAACAGAUAAAAGAUGAAGAUGAAGGACAAACGAAGAAUAGCUUUGAGGAAGAGUUAGCUAUGCUUUUGCUAUCUAGGUUGAGUUGUAGUAGUUGUUGGCAAAGGUGUUAA